AUGGCCGCCACGCAACCUUUGCCCCGUCGCUUUUCCCUCCUCCUCUUGUCCCUCCUCGCGUCCGGCCCGGUCCUGGCCCAGGACGCGUCGGUGGCCAGCGUGACGGCGGGCGAGGGCGACUCGUACGUGGUCCCCACCAUGCUCACCAACCGGACGUCCGGCGGCUACGAGGAGGCCACUCGGAGCAGCCCCCCGGAGACGGGGCUGUCCACCCCCAACAGCGGCGGGGACGCCGACGACGAGGACUCCCCGCCGUCCGGCGGCACGCGCUGCCAGGGCUACUACGACGUGAUGGGCCAGUGGGACCCGCCGUUCAACUGCAACGCCGGCGUGUUCCUGUACUGCUGCGGCACGUGCUUCUACCGCUUCUGCUGCCAGUUCCGCCAGCAGAGGCUGGACCAGAACAUCUGCUCCAACUACGACUCGCCCAUCUGGGCCAACACGGGCAAGCCCGUGGCCACCAUCACCGAGGGCCAGGGGGACCAGAACCGGGACCGCACGCACCUCAUCGUCUACAUCAUCUGCGGCGUGGUCGCCGUCAUGGUGCUGGUGGGCAUCUUCACCAAACUGGCUGUGGAGAAGACCCGUGGAGGAAGCAGCGGAGGAGGAGGAGGAGGAGGAGUCCCUCAGACGGACCUCAACACCAGGACGUUGACAGAUCUGCUGAAGCAGCAGGGAGGUGAGGUGAGCACCAUAGAGAACGCCACGACCGGUUCGCCAAACGGCAGAGCCAAUGGCAUCUCAGCCAGGAUGCUGCGCAGCAGGAGUGAACAGUACCAGCUAAAUAACUCCGCUUUUGGACCGUUUGGACAGGGGCUUCCACACCCGCAAAGUAACCACAGCAUGUUGGGGCUGAACAAAUAUACCUCACUGAAAGCUGUCGCGGAAACGGCCUCCCGUGGCUACUACAAGAGUUUUCCCAUCAUGGACUUCUCCCAUUACCAGCCUGUUGCCCCCCCUGCCUUUCAGCCGAUGCAGCCCAAAGAGAAGUCGUACAUCCACCAGCCCCUGCCGGUGCACCAUGACAUGCACGCCCCCCUCUCCAUCUCCAUCCCCCCCCACCACCUCGAGUACUCGCGUCUCCCCAAGACGACCACGUACCCGUCCCUCUCCAGCUCGGCCUUCAAGUCCUGGGAGCCGUCCGGGCGCCACGUCCACCGCCAGACCUCCGCCCCAGGACACAGCUCCUCCUCUUCCUCGCACGGCUCCGCCAGGAGGCACGGCUACUCGACGCGGAGGCAGCAGAGCAUCGAGAACAUGACGGACGUGUUCAAUCCGCCCUACGGGGGGGUGUACGGGGGAGCCGGAGGGGGAACGGGGCAGAUGCAGCUCGUCCAUGGGCAACAUGCGUCUCAGCAUCCCUAUUACCAUCACACCAGGCAGAAGAGCUACUCCACCCACAGCGCGACUGAGGUUACGGUCUGA